GACUGAAAUUUCUGAAUGACAAUAUAAGCAAACUUGAAGAGGAAAAUCCAGAACACAUGCCGAUCGGUUUUGAAGUAGCUUUCCCUUCGCUCAUUGACAUUGCAAGGAAACUAGACAUUCAAGUCCCCGAGGAUUCUCCCGCCUUGAAAGAAAUCUAUGCAAGACGAAACCUGAAGCUCACAAAGAUACCGAAGAGCUUAAUGCACAAAGUGCCAACAACUUUACUUCAUAGCUUGGAAGGAAUGCCAGAUUUGGAGUGGGAAAAGCUUCUAAAAUUGCAGUGCAAAGAUGGGUCAUUUCUGUUUUCUCCAUCAUCUACUGCUUUUGCACUCAUGCAAACAAAAGAUCAAAAGUGUCUGCAGUAUCUUACAGAUGCUGUCACCAAAUUCAAUGGUGGAGUUCCGAACGUGUACCCAGUGGAUCUUUUUGAGCAUAUUUGGGUCGUUGAUCGCCUUCAACGACUUGGGAUUUCGCGUUAUUUCGAUUCCGAGAUAAAGGAUUGCGUUGACUAUAUAUACCGGUAUUGGACGAAGGACGGAAUUUGUUGGGCGAAGAACUCUAACGUACAAGAUAUUGAUGACACCGCGAUGGGAUUUAGGGUUUUAAGAAUGCACGGCUAUAAAGUUACUACAGAUGUAUUUCGACAAUUCGAGAAAGAUGGUAAAUUUGUGUGCUUCCCUGGGCAAACAACACAAGCGGUUACCGGAAUGUUCAAUUUAUUUAGGGCUUCGCAGGUGCUCUUCCCCGAUGAGAAAAUUCUCGAAGAUGCCAAGAAAUUUUCGUAUAACUAUUUGAAGGAGAAACAAUCGACAAACGAGCUUCUUGAUAAAUGGAUCAUCGCCAAAGACUUGCCAGGCGAGGUUGAAUACGCAUUAGAUGUCCCAUGGUAUGCGAGCUUACCUCGACUCGAAACAAGAUUUUACUUGGAGCAAUACGGAGGUGAAGACGACGUUUGGAUUGGGAAAACCCUAUACAGGAUGGGUAAUGUGAGCAAUAAUACGUAUCUUGAGAUGGCUAAAUUGGAUUACAAUAACUGUCUAGCAAUACAUCACCUCGAAUGGAACACUAUGCAACAAUGGUAUGUGGAUUUUGGUAUGGAACGGUUUGGGACGAGUGACAUCACGAGCCUUUUGGUGUCAUACUACCUUGCAGCGGCUAGUGUAUUCGAGCCAGAAAGAUCCAAGGAACGGAUAGCAUGGGCUAAAACUACUACAUUAGUCGACACCAUCUCCUCGUUUUUCCACUCACUCAAAAUCUCCAAUGAGCAUAGGAGAGAGUUUGUAGAGGAGUUCAGAAACAUAUCCAAUUCAAUUCAUCAUGCCAAAUACGGGAAGCCAUGGCAUGGAUUGAUGGUUGCACUGAAAGGAACCCUACACGAGAUCGCUUUGGAUGUUCUUAUGACUCAUCGUAGAGACAUCCAUCCACAGCUUCACCAUGCCUGGGAGAUGUGGUUGAUGAGGUGGCAACAAGGCGUAGACGUAACGGAAGGACAAGCGGAACUGAUAGUACAAACGAUAAACAUGACGGCCGGCCGAUGGGUGUCCAACGAACUCUUAGCCCAUCCGCAAUACAGACUCCUCUCAUCCGUCAUUAAUAACAUCUGUCACGAAAUAUACCACAAUCGAACCUGCAUGGAAGUCAACAGUACAACUAUCAGCACGUCGAUAGAUUCCAAAAUGCAAGAACUCGUGCAACUCGUGCUCAGCGACUCACUGGAUGAUCUUGAUCAGGAUUUAAAGCAGACGUUCCUCACCGUUGCAAAAACCUUCUACUACAAGGCGUACUGCGAUCCUGAGACAAUUAAUGUUCAUAUUUCCAAAGUAAUGUUCGAAACGAUAAUUUGAAAAGACUGAUAUAUAUAUAUAUAUAUAUAUAUAUAUAUAUAUAUAUAUAUAUAUAUAUAUAUAUAUAUAUAUAUAUAUAUAUAUAUAUAUUAUAUACCCCAUUAUUCUUACAUAGCAUAGCAUGUUGCCAUGUUCAGAAAGAAUAGUCAAUGAAAAUGGUAUCUGAAUUUUUCUGACUUAAUUUUAAGAUGUUAUCACGAAAACGAGAGGCGUGAAAAUCGUAUAAAAAAAGGAUAAUGUUUAACUAUUUUAGAAUGUCUUGUAGUCAAAAAUAGAAGUAACUUUUAGUUGAAGAAAGAAGAAAGCCAUAUAAGUUGAUGAGCAGUACUAAACAUCUAUCUCUCUAUCUAUCAUCAAAGUUAGUGGGUGUAUGCAUGGGUGGCAUUAUGGUCGAUGGAUUGGGGGGCAUGUGUCUUUUUAGAACACAUGCAUCAAAAGCUUCUUUUACUCAAAGUGGCAGACGAUCACAUCAAGUUAAAUCAAACACUAUAUGGUAUUGACGAGUGCUAAAAUGUACCGAUCCGAAGUUUAGAUCGAAAGCAAAUUUAAAACUCAAUAUCAAAUCAAAUAAAAAUAAAGGGUGUUUGGUGGUGCA